UUUGUGCGCCACACUGAUGCAAAGUAAACGGACAUUAGAGCACACCAACACGGGGACUGUCCUGCCACAACUCUCCUGCUCAGGAAACUGAAUCUGUUCCUCCUCGUGGAACUCCUGUGUUCCUCCUCUGUGUGUGUGUGUUUGGAAAGUUAAGUGGAAUAUAACCUGGAACUUCCUCCUCGUUUGGAUCGAAUAAAGGCUGAUCCGACAGUAAGAUGAAACCAGCCCUGGACGACCAGAAUGUCUGCAGACAAUAAACACCUGGACAUUUACUUGCUUUGACAACAUCUGGAACUGUUGCCCCAAACUUCCAAAAAUAAUUCCUCAAACUGCUACAAAACCAAGUCCAUUUCUUCUUCUUCUUGUGGAUUAUAAAUAAAAGACUGCCAUCAUGCCUAUUCUCAAGCAGCUGGUUAACACUAACCAGUCGAAGCGGCGGUCACGGGCUGACCUGACCCCAGAGAUGAUCAGCGCUCCGUUGGGGGACUUCCGCCACACAAUGCACGUCGGCCGAGGAGGUGACGCCUUCGGGGACACUUCGUUUCUCAGCACUCGAUCAGGGGAGCCUCCGAGGGAGCCAGAACCAAAGCAAAGCUCCCCGGGCCCCAAACCGGGGCUGCUGUCCCGCACCUUCAGAAGCAGCAAGCGGUCUCAGUCAGUAAACCGAGGGGACAAGUACGAGUACAACUCGAUGGCGUCUUCUGGUGGAUCAUCCGCCUAUGUGAAAAAUGCCAUAUCACUGCCUUACCUCAACAAUGACGAUAUGAGCAGAGGACAUCUAACAAAGAGCGUCUCCUCAAGCCCCAUGAAGACGCUGAUGGAGAUUGAUGCCAAGCCGGUGAAUGGCGCAGCAGCAAUGGCAACUUUAGACGCAGAGUUGGACGAGCGUAAUUUCGGUGAACUCACCGACCUGCCGCCAUCCAUGCCAAAGGGCGGCGGGAUGAAGCACGCUGAGUCCAUGAUGUCCUUCCACAUCGACUUGGGGCCCUCCAUGCUCGGGGACAUCCUGAGUGUGAUGGAGAAGAAAGGCUGGGAGGAGGAUGACCUCGGCUACGAAGAAGGGAAGGGCAGCGAUGGACGCGCCUCACCUUCCAAUAUUCCCCACAUUGACGACGAGGAUGCCGAGGAGAGGGCGCCCGCAAGACCACCUCGCAGUAUGUACCAGCAGAAGACCAUAGAGGACCCCUACACUCCAGAGCUACAAACCAGGAACAACCACCACAACCUGGACAGCUACUCCGUGUCCAGCUCGGGGUCGGCCACCGAGGAGAAACCGCAGUACCACCAUGACGGCGACACGGACAGCGCGAAGUACAGCUCGCCACGCGGGGAGGAGGACAGAGAUUUCACCUUUAUGGAUGACGACGAGGACGAGAUCCGAGUGUAAACCAAACUGGUGUCACUUUUUACGAACGGUCUGGAAGGACAAAUCCAGACUUUGGGAGGCUAUCACGAGCUGGGAAAGGCAGGAGGGAUGAUUAGGAGGCAGGACCACUCCUUGUAGAUUGGUAUAAUCAUUGUACACUUUGUUCAACAUCAUAAAUAAAACCAAUUAGGCCUUACUCACUGUGCUGUAGCAAGAAGAUGUGAGCGGACUGCAGAAGGCUUGCUCACAGAGCGGAACUCUUGAAGGUGCGGGGUUGUUAAUGCAGAUUUAUGCAGCAUCAAACUCUGAACUUACUACGACUGGGAAUUUCCAGUUUUGAAACGAUACUGGCGCCUGUUCUCCAAAGCCUUUUUUUCUUCCUCGGAGGUGCAGAACUGGAAAAAGUAACAACAACAAAAAAACAGCAAGCCAUUGGUUAUGAGCACCACACUCAUGGUCUGGGGGGAGUAAAGCUUGACCACAAGGUCAGAGAAGCUGUGCCCCCCGGCUGUCGGUCACAUUAAUAUCACAUUUGUUGUGUGAUGUGUGAGGUGAGGAGAAGGGAGGAUCUGUGAGGGCUCAAACUUGAUGAAGAUGUGUGGAUUACAGAAUUUGUACAAGGGAGAGGGGGAAGGACAUCAUUUGCCAAUGAAAGUGUUUGGCAUAAACACUAAAUAGAUAAAGUAGUGAUUACUUUUCCAUGUCUUACUUUAAGUGGGGAUUUUUUCUAUUUCUUUUGGAGGCUGGUCUACUGUUGUCGAGGUUGUUUUUAUCCGUUUGGUAGAUCCUUCUGUUGUAUUAUUUAGUCUCCUCGUUGUUAGCAAGGUCAGACAGCUGUGGUAUUUAUUCAUUUAUGUUAAUAAGGGAUGGAUCAGUCUUAUCGUGCACUACAAAGUCUUAAAAUUGAUGAUUUGGGUUUUUUUUUCUAAUGUGUUUCUUGACUUAAAAGAUGUUAUUGGUACUACGGAGAGAGCCCGUUUCUUUCUACCAUAGUCUGCUACAUGGCACUUAAGUCUCCAGUAGACACAAAUCACUUUGGCUGUUAUAUUUGAGGGAGGCCUGUAUUAGGAACCAAGGACCUAUGUGUGUAAAAAUGUGAAAUGUUCAAAAAGAGGCCUUUUGUAUGUGGUUUGUGUCCUGUACUUUUAACAAAAACAGGACAGGAGUGGUGAUUGUGGUGUGUUUUCUGGGUCACUCCACAUCAUUACUAAGUUUGGUAGCAUGAGCAGGUCAGCAGAAAGGCAUAAGCGAGAAAGGGACUUUUUGAGGAGAUAAAAUAAAAAAAAGCAAGCGGUUGAAUCUAAAUGAAUAGUUCUGGUUGGUCCCUGAGGGCAGAGAGAGGAUGUGAAAACAUGUUCCAGGUGUUAUUAGAGCGCAGAAACUUCACAGACGGGCAUCGGGUAUGUCUCAGGGCGGUGCUGUUGAGAGUGGCAGAUAUUUCCUUAAGCGGGCCCCCACAGGUGAUAAGACUCAUCUCCUCUACACAACCCAAAAUCACACAGCAGAAACAGAUGAUUAAAUCAACCAAUCAUCUGGACUUUCCCAGUCUACUCAUUAAAAACGUGCUGGAUUACUGGCGUCCGACCAGCUGGAAGUGCUCCAGGAACAGCAGGGUCAGGAACAGACAGGUGGGCUGUUUCUCUCUCUGGCUCUUUUUUUUUUUCUUCUUCAUGUGUUUAGUUGUAAUCUCACUCACUUGGCUCCUCCAGGUUACUUCAGUUAAGCCUAUAAAGGGGCGUACUUUUCUUUCCUGUGCCCAUGAUUCAUGUCUUUAGAAGCGUUCAAGAACUGGUUGCCACGUUUAAAAAAAAAUGGGACGCUUAUAUUCCCCAUAGUGGCGUUGAUGCAGGUGUGUACAUACAGAAUCAGGAUGCUGUGCCAUUCUUUCUUGGGUUUAUUGUAUAGUUUUGGAAACCACAUCCCCGUGACCCCGGUUGUAAGAUGAUGUGAGAAUGAAAGCAAACUGGAGGAAAUUGCCAAGUAUGUUCUAACCAUGUUAUUGGAAAAUGAUAGCAGAAUGUUUAAUUGUGUUAAUUUGUUUUGCUUAUGUAUAGACUUGCAGUAUGGUUUGAGUCAGAACUCGGACACUUUUUUGAUGUAAAUGGGCCAAAUUUGAAGAUGUCUUUACUUUGAUUAAAAAACUUGUGGAUUGUUUGGGGAAGCUGCAAUCUUUCACUUUCAUCCCACACUCUGAAAAUCGCAGAAACACUCCUUCUACGCCAUUUUUAAAAAAUCAUGUAAUGUAAAUAUGACUUGUGCCAUUGAUUAUUACAGCAAACAAUCUUUGUUCUGAGCAGUGUGAGUGUGAUUACAGCGUGAGAAUCGGAGGAAUGUUAACACUAAAAAAGCAGUCGUGGUGAAAUUGUAUUUGCAAGUCCAACAAUCGUGGGAUUACGCUUGCUGCAAUUUGGAAGAGGUAAAUGUCAAAUUAUGGACUUCAAAGGUGACAUAUCAUGCAAAAUUGACUUUUUAAUGGUUAUCUACCUGAAAUAUGUGUCCCUAGCAUGUCUACAACCCCCCUCCCCCCUGAAAAUGAAAAAAAUCCAUUCUACCCGUUCUGAUUUCUCCACCUUUCUGUAAAUGUGUGCUGAAACGAGCCGUUUCAGUUUUCAGUGUUUUUCAUACGUCACAACGCCAUCCGGUCUGUAACAGAAGUCAGAGCUCAGAGCUUGUUCAGUCCUCAACCCCUCCUCCGUUUUUCAUUACCUGCACACACGUGUGCUAACAAGGAGCUUAGGAGGGAGGCAUGCUAGUUGUAGGAUGUCUUAAUAAACACAAAGGUCGGUUUUACUCCCCACGUCUGCAGAUUUGAAGAUCUAGUGGAUGAUUUUUAUUUUUUAUGGAAAAGUGCUAGCGCUAGUUAGCAUAGCUACAUAGCUACAUGUUCGUCGCUGUGUACCAAGACGCACGUCGACAUACUGACAAAUAAAACAACAAGAAACACUAAAUCUGUGACCAAUCGUUCAGAAAGGUCCUGCUGCAGGCGCCUCUCCGUCAGGAUCAGAUUCUGGAUCAACUUCAGAGGGUUGAAGUAACGCAGGUCUGUGAGCAGCCAUGUCUAUGCAUGCAACAUGUGAACAUUAGAUCAACAUGCUGGAGAGCCGAGGCCACAUCCACUUCCUGAGGGGGCGUGCUCAGAGAGCUCAUUCACAUUUAAAGGCACAGACACAGAAAACAGCCUGUUCUGAGCAGGGCUGAAAAAGAGGGGUUUACAGGCAUGCCAAAAUCUGAUUUCAAAGUGUUUUUUUGAGCAAUAAACUUCCAAGACAUGUUUUGGGGACCUCUUAGACCAAUAUAUUGUCAUGAAAAAGAGCAUAAUAUGUCACCUUUAAAUAACACUGAAAUACUUUCUUGUAAUUGUCCAAACCUUCUGGCAUGUGUUGUGUUGCUCUGUGGGAAACUCCUAAGCAGGCCCAGAAUAAACCAUAUAAAGGAAUUUGCAAAUACUCUGUGCCUCAGGUCUGCUUAAAUGUUUCCACGGCCCUGACAGCUGUGGUUUGGCGAGUGGUGAGAAAAGAUAAGGACAGCGAAAAACAACCAGCUCAAAGUUCAGCUGUAGAAAGUUUUUUUUCUCCUAUUCAGUGGCUGUAGUGUUAUGCUAGGUAUGUACUGUCUUCCUCUCCUUUUCCUUCCCCUGGUUUUACAGUAUAUUAAUAUAUUUACCUUCAUUUCUUUCCUUGUCUUUGAAAUAACAGCUAUAUUUUUCAAUAAAAGGCAAAGCUGGUAAUCUUUAAA